AUGGCGGCGCCCUCACAGAACGCCUUCAGACUAGUGUUGAAAAUCAUGGAUUCUUACAAGGAAAAUCCGUUGAAAAACCUGUUUUACAUAGACUUCGGGAUUCAAGGGCUAAUGUGGAUACACUCGGCUUGGAAUAGAACUGAGAAAUUCUACGACCUGACCGGAGUAUGGGUGAUAGUGACACUUCUUCCAUCCAUCAUGGUAAAUCUAGCUGAUACCACACACCCUGCAAGAAUUAACAACUUAGAUUACGCUGGAUGGUGUCUUUGGUUGGUGGGCUUCGCGCUUGAAGCCACUGCGGAUUUCCAGAAGUCUCAGUUCCGGAAAAACCCUGCCAACCAAGGAAAAUUCGUCAAUACCGGUCUGUGGAGCAUUUCGCGGCAUCCAAAUUACUUGGGAGAAAUCAUCAUGUGGUUCGCACUGUACCUGCCAGCUUUCAACGCGACAAAUGGAUGGACGCGAUGGUUGCUUGUGCUUUGUCCAGCAUUCGACGCAUUUUUGCUAACGAGCGUCAGUGGAAUUCCUCUACUUGAAAAACAUGGGAUGAAGAAAUGGGGUUCAGAACCCGGUUAUCAACAAUAUUUGAAGGCAACUUCCGUUCUCAUUCCGUACUUGUGGUAAACCAUGCUUGAUAUACUAUGAAAAGGUGAUUGAUUUCAUUUGAUCGUUGUUCACGUAGAGAAAAUAAAGGGAGAUUGAUUUCUGGUGAUA